AUGUCCCAGAGAUAUAGUUCUAGCAAGCAUUACUCUUCCUCCCGCAGUGGAGGAGGAGGAGGAGGUUCAUCCAUCAGAGUCUCAAGCACUAGAGGCUCUGGCUAUGGGGGUGGCUCUCUUGGUGGAGGAUUUAGCUCAGGUUGUGGCUCUGGCUUUGGCAGCUGCUCAAGAGGGGGCUUUGGCAGUGGAUCAGUGAGAGGCUUUGGUGGAGGAAGCUGUGGUGGUGGUGGCUUUGGUGGAGGAAGCUUUGGUGGUGGUGACUUUGGUGGAGGAAGCUUUGGUGGUGGUGGCUUUGGUGGGGGAAGCUUUAGUGGAAGCUUUGGGGGAGGUUAUGGGGGAAGCUUUGGGGGGGGCGAUGGAGGCCUUCUCACAGGCAAUGAGAAGGUCACCAUGCAGAACUUGAAUGACCGCCUGGCCUCCUACCUGGACAAAGUGAGAGCUCUAGAGGACUCUAACUAUGAGCUGGAGCAAAAAAUCAAGGAAUGGUAUGAGAAAAAUGGCAACGCAAAUCAGAGAGAACCUCGUGACUACUCUCAUUAUUACAACCAAAUCAAAGAACUUAAGGAUCAGAUCCUGAAUCUAAGCACUGACAAUGCUAAUGUGCUGCUGCAAAUUGACAAUGCCAGGCUGGCUGCUGAUGACUUCAGACUGAAGUAUGAAAAUGAAGUGACCCUGCGUCAAAGUGUGGAGGCUGACAUUAAUGGCCUGCGCAGAGUCCUGGAUGAUCUGACCUUGGCUAAGACUGACCUGGAGAUGCAGCUUGAAAGCCUGAAUGAAGAGCUGGCCUUCUUGAAGAAGAACCAUGAGGAGGAAAUGAAAGAUCUUCAGAAUGUGUCCACUGGUGAUGUGAAUGUGGAAAUGAAUGCUGCUCCAGGAGUGGACCUGACCGAAUAUCUGAACCGCAUGAGAAGUGAAUAUGAGACAAUGGCUGAACAAAACCGCAAAGAUGCUGAAGCCUGGUUCAAUGAAAAGAGCAAGGAACUGACCACAGAGAUAGAUAGCAAUGUUGAACAAGUGUCUAGCCACAAAUCUGAGAUCACUGAAUUGAAACGCAGCCUUCAAGCUUUGGAGAUUGAACUGCAGUCACAACUGGCCCUGAAACAAUCCCUGGAAGCAACUUUGGCAGACACAGAAGGUCGUUACUGUGUACAGCUGUCACAAAUUCAGGUCCAGAUCAGUGCUCUGGAAGAGCAGCUACAGCAGAUCAGAGCUGAAACAGAAUGCCAGAAUUCAGAAUACCAGGUGCUCCUUGACAUCAAGAUCCGACUGGAGAAUGAAAUUCAGACCUACCGCAGCCUGCUAGAGGAAGGAGGAAAUGACUAUGGUGGGGCAGCUAGGUGUAGUUCAUCUGGAGUUGGUGGCCAUGGAGUAAGCUCUGGUGGUGGAGGAUAUGGUGGAAACUCCAGUGGUGGCCAAAGGGGUAGCAUAUCCAGUGGUGGAUAUGGAGGAAGCUCUGGUGGCAGUGAAGGAUUCAAAAGUUCUGGAUCCAAAGCAGGUUCCAGUGGAGGACAAGGAGGAAGCACUGAAUCUGGUGAAGAAUCUCCAUCUAAAAGCAGUUCUGGAACAAGGUCAGCAGAAACUAAUUGGGAUUCUAAUAGAAGUCAUGUGAUCAAGACCAUCAUUGAGGAGGUAGCCCCUGAUGGUAGAGUCCUUUCAUUCAGAGUGGAAUCAGAGACCAAGAAGUACUACUAUUAA